GCUGCAAGGCAGCUGCUGGCCUGGCAUGUCUGUCCCCGGCCCCCUCCCGCCCAGCGUGUCACAACAGCGGAGGCGGCCUAUCUGGAGCAGUUGGGGUGGGCAGCGGGGAGGCGAGCGGGCGAGCAGAGCGGUCGCGAUGCGGGAAUGCAUAUCUGUCCACGUGGGUCAAGCGGGAGUUCAGAUUGGCAAUGCUUGCUGGGAGCUCUUCUGCCUGGAACAUGGCAUCCAGGCAGAUGGCACCUUUGGUGUGCAGACCAGCAAGAUCGACGACGACGACUCGUUCACCACCUUUUUCAGUGAGACUGGCAACGGGAAGCACGUGCCCCGGGCUGUCAUGGUAGAUCUGGAGCCUACUGUGGUGGAUGAGGUUCGGGCAGGAACCUACCGCCAGCUCUUCCAUCCAGAGCAGCUGAUCACAGGAAAGGAGGAUGCAGCUAACAACUAUGCCCGUGGCCACUACACGGUAGGCAAGGAGAGCAUCGACCUGGUGCUGGACCGCAUACGAAAGCUGACAGAGGCCUGCUCCGGCUUGCAGGGCUUUCUGAUCUUCCACAGUUUUGGUGGUGGCACUGGCUCAGGCUUCACUUCUCUGCUGAUGGAACGCCUUUCCCUGGAUUAUGGCAAGAAGUCCAAGCUAGAGUUUGCUAUCUACCCGGCCCCCCAGGUCUCCACUGCCGUGGUCGAGCCCUACAACUCCAUACUGACUACCCACACCACACUGGAACAUUCAGAUUGUGCUUUCAUGGUGGAUAACGAAGCCAUCUAUGACAUCUGCCGCAGGAACCUAGACAUUGAGCGCCCCACGUAUACCAACCUCAACCGCCUCAUCAGCCAGAUUGUGUCCUCCAUCACUGCCUCUCUCCGCUUUGAUGGGGCCCUCAAUGUGGACCUCACUGAGUUCCAGACCAACCUGGUGCCCUACCCCCGCAUCCACUUCCCCCUGGUCACCUAUGCACCCAUCAUCUCUGCCGAAAAAGCCUAUCAUGAACAACUCUCUGUGGCUGAGAUUACCAGCUCCUGCUUUGAGCCCAACAGCCAGAUGGUGAAGUGUGACCCGAGACAUGGCAAGUACAUGGCCUGCUGCAUGCUCUACCGGGGGGACGUGGUGCCCAAGGAUGUGAAUGUCGCUAUUGCUGCCAUCAAGACCAAGAGGACCAUCCAGUUUGUAGACUGGUGUCCCACAGGUUUUAAGGUGGGCAUCAACUACCAGCCACCCACCGUGGUGCCAGGAGGGGACCUGGCCAAAGUCCAGCGGGCUGUCUGCAUGCUGAGCAACACCACGGCAAUUGCGGAGGCCUGGGCCCGCCUGGACCACAAGUUUGACCUCAUGUAUGCCAAGCGGGCCUUUGUGCAUUGGUAUGUUGGAGAGGGAAUGGAAGAAGGAGAAUUUUCCGAGGCCAGGGAAGACCUGGCUGCCCUGGAGAAGGAUUAUGAAGAAGUGGGGACUGAUUCAUUUGAAGAAGAAAAUGAAGGGGAGGAAUUUUAAAUAUACACAUUCCUCUUG